UCGAUGUGAACAUUCAGUCAGAGCUUUUGAGCCAUUCGGCCAUUCCGCCCCGCCUCCAUUCAGCCAAGUGCAUUAAGCCGCAUUUUCCUGCCAGGUGGGCUUCGCCGCGGCGCCACCAUCUCGGUUCUCUCGACUGAAGCAUAUCGUAUCAUAUCCUUCCCUCCUCCGUACGUCGUCUUCUACUCUCCCCCCUCGCCGAUCGUUAUGGCGCGCGCAUUGUCCGCGCAGUCCUGCCUCCUCUCCGCCUCCGCGCAUCCGCUUCUCCCCCCGCAACGCUCCGCCUCUUUUCUCCGCCAGCCCAGCGCUACCGCAGGGCUUGCGCCCAGCUCGUCCGCCGUCAUUCCCGCUCUAGCCGCUGUUUCCGGCGGCGCAUCGCCUGCCGUCAGCAGCCAGGGCGGGCGGUUUAUGGCGCGCAAACGCGCUGCGGGUGCGAUCCGUGGUCGCCGCGCGGUAUGCCGAGCGGAGAAGGCGGAGUCGAGUAACGCGACGGCGGCGCCGGGAGACGGCGACGCAAGCGCCGAGCCCCUGUCCGUGCUGGUCGUGGGCGGCGGCGGGCGCGAGCACGCGCUCUGCUACGCGCUGCGCCGCUCGCCCUCCACGGCGCACGUGUACUGCGCGCCGGGAAACGCGGGCAUCGCCCUGUCAGGCGACGCCACGUGUCUCCCUUCCCUGGAUAUCCGCAGCAGCAGCAGCGUGAUCCAGUUCUGCCGCGAGAACCGCGUGGGGCUCGUCGUAGUCGGGCCCGAAGCGCCCUUAGUGUCCGGACUAGUAGACGACUUAACGGAGAAUAAGAUUCCCGCGUUCGGGCCGACGCAGGGCGCGGCGCAACUGGAGGGGUCUAAGGGGUUUAUGAAGCGGAUCUGCGAUAAGUACGGCAUCCCCACCGCCAAGCACGCGUCGUUCACGGACCCCGCGAAGGCGAAAGACUACAUCCGCGAGCAGGGCGUGCCGAUUGUGGUGAAGGCGGACGGGCUUGCAGCAGGCAAGGGAGUGGUAGUCGCCACAGCCAUAGAAGAAGCCGAGGCGGCCGUGACGCGCAUGCUCGUGGAUGGGGAAUUCGGUUCCGCGGGCGGUCAGGUACUCAUCGAGGAGUUUCUCACCGGCGAAGAGGCGUCCUUCUUUGCUGUCGUCGACGGGGCCUCUGCCGUGCCGCUCGCGUCGGCGCAGGACCACAAGCCCGUGGGGGAGGGCGACACGGGGCCGAACACGGGCGGCAUGGGAGCGUACUCCCCCGCGCCCGUGGUGACCCCCGCGGUAGAGCGGUUUGUGAUGGAGCGGAUCAUUGCGCCCACGGUGGCAGGGAUGAAGGCGGAGGGGCUGCCUUUCACAGGCGUGCUGUAUGCUGGACUCAUGGUGGAUACGAGCGCGGGGACGGCUAAGCUGCUGGAGUAUAAUGUCCGGUUCGGCGACCCCGAGUGCCAGGUGCUGAUGAAGCGCCUGGAGUCGGACCUCUCCCAGCUGCUCCUCUCCGCCUGCCGCGGCACCCUCAGCGCCCACCCCCCCCUGCAAUGGACAACCGACGCCGCCCUUGUGGUCGUGCUCGCCGCCAAGGGCUACCCGGGAGCGUAUGAGUCCGGCACUCCGAUCCACGGCCUGGCUGCUGCUGCAGCCACAGACCCCCGAGUAACCAUUUUCCAUGCGGGGACAAAGCUCAAGGCAGCAGAGGCAGCAGGUGGAGCAGCAACGGCUGCGGCGGCAGGAGGGGCGGCGGAGGAAAGAACGCCUGGGGCCCUGGGUGAGGCCGAGAAGGCGGUGAAAGAGGGGAGGGAGGGGCAGAUUGUGGCUGCUGGGGGGAGGGUGCUGGGUGUGACGGCGCUGGGAGGGAGUGUGGGUGAGGCGCAGGCUGUGGCGUAUAGAGCAGUGGAUAAGGUGGAGUGGAAGGAGGGGUUUUGCCGGCGGGAUAUUGGGUGGCGGGCUGUGGAGCGGGAGAGGCAGCAGAAGUAGGUUGGGGGGGGAAGAGGGUGCUGCUCUGGGUGCUGUUAUGGGCUUCUGGUUACAAGUGUCGCGAUGGGGGAUGUUGUGUUAGAAUGCAAGAAUGAAUGACUAGUGUGAGAAACCUAGAACAUAUACCUGUUGGGUUGUACUCACUAGAAGCACACACCUAGGCUAGCCUAUAACUUCUACAUUCAUAAUAUGUAUAAGUUGACACACCCCCUAGCAGGGCUGUCGUUAUCAGGGUAUUUUACCCUGAUUCCCUGAUUUCACGAAUGCAAGAAUGAAUGACUAGUGUGAGAAACCUAGAACAUAUACCUGUUGGGUUGUACUCACUAGAAGCACACACCUAGGCUAGC